AUGUCUAACGGACAGGAGCCGGUCUCCCUGGAGGCCGGCCACUGUCAGCCGGACACAAGUCUAAUGAGCAGGACCACUCCUCAUCCUCACAGGCCCUCCAGCCCCUCCUGCCCCCCCACAGUCCCCCAGUGCAGCCGCAGAUCCAUCCCGGCCCUCGUCCAUCCUCCGGGGGUCAGCUCCUGUCUGAUGGAUGACUCCGGCGGGACCACACAGCACCAGGAUGCAGCGUUUGUCUUUGUAGUUUUGGUCAGAGCACACACGAAGCAGGACUCGUGA